AUGGACAAAGAAUACCAACCGAAAUCCAUCCUUGACCUUCCCUACCCUUUGAUAAGCAGAAUCUUGUACGAGAGAUGGCGCAUGGACCACAGUUUUCAGCACAUCUUGCCCAUGAUGAAAACCUGCAAAGAGCUCUACUUGCAACACGGGAUGCUCUACAUUCUCCAGCCGUUGAACAUCGGCGCUUCGUCCAUUUGCAUGCUCGACGAGGCUGUUGAGCGGAUCAUACAGCAGCAAGCCGCGUCUCGAAUCCGCGCAAUCAGCUUCUACUCUCCUACAACUCACCAGAGUCUGAAAGUGUCCGAGUUUCGAAACUUGACCACAGUGUCGGUGCUAGCCAACUUGAAUGUCUUGCAGCGCAUGUUGGCGUUCUUACCUGCCUCGGUGCAACACUUGAGCAUUAUUCUUGAAGUAUCUCGUCUCGUGCGCUUUUCCAAAAUAAACAUUGCACCGUUCAAUUUGAAAACAUUGACGUUUAGAUCGACGCUGUGUCUCAAGAGAACAAGGAAACUAUCCUUCCUCGAUGUUAUAAACUCCCUCUAUGCCAAGGCCGACUCAGACCGGGGCUUUUACGAAAUGAAGUCAACGGCGAGACAAGUGGCCGUGUUGCUAGCCGACCUAGUUUACUCCAACAGGAAAAGCUUGGAGUACUUGGAUUUGAAAAUGAUUAGCUUGAUCCAAGUCUACUUUGCCAUGCGAGACCAAGGUUACAAAUUGCUGCUGAUUAAGUUCCCGCAAUUGGAAAAAAUCCACGUCGACCAAACCACCAUGUACUCCGUACCGUUUCUCACCUACUGGCUAAAAGUCAGCAAGGAAUUGAUCUACGACAACGACUAUUUGGCGGUGAAGUACGUGAUGAAGAUGGACGCUAACGGCCAGUUGCACGUCCAGAAGGAUGUCACCAAGCCCAGUGGAGGUGGUGGUGGUGGUGGUGAAGUGUGA